ACUGGAGAAUGCCACGAUGAAACCCCGAUGACCAUUGAUGAGGAGACGCCAAGAAGAGAGGACAAAAUACCAAGGACAAUAACGAAUGAACACCCAGAGAAGAUGACGACAACCGGCAAGAUUGUGGAAGAAAACACAAAUGGUGAUAAAGCCCAAAUAGCCAAAAGAGAUUGA